AUGGCCGCCGCGAUCUCGCGCGUGCGCACCAGUGAAAGAAGGAAGCCGUUUGGAUCUCGCGGGGAGCGCGAGAUCCAAGAUGGCUGCCGCGCGCACUGGGGACCGUUGGAGGCGUACUCCAAGGACCAAAAGCCCGUGAAAACGCAGCAAAAAUGCCGCACGGAGAAACUGGGUUAA